CGCUUCCAGUCUACCGCCCGCGCCCGACUCCGCCUGCUCCCGGCCUCCCCAACCCCGCCGCGGCGGAGCGCUAAACCCUAGGCGUCGGCGGCUGCAGAGGAGGAGGAGGAGGAGGAGGAGGGGGACGAGCCGAGAUGUCGCACUUCGGGAGGACGGGGCCGCCGGACAUCCGCGACACCUUCUCGCUCCUCGUCCUCAACAUCAGCUUCCGCACCACGGCGGACGACCUCUUCCCGCUCUUCGAGCGCUACGGCAAGGUCGUCGACGUCUUCAUCCCGAGGGACCGGAGGACCGGGGACUCGAGGGGUUUCGCGUUCGUGCGGUACAAGUACGCUGACGAGGCGCAGAAGGCUAUAGAUCGCCUUGAUGGGAAAAAUGUGGAUGGCAGGAACAUCAUGGUGCAGUUUGCCAAGUACGGCCCCAAUGCUGAGCCAAUCCGUAAAGGAAGGGUCAAAGAGGUUGUUGAGAAACCACGAGACAGGUCAAGAAGCCGUAGUCCAAGGCCAAGGCACAGAGACAGAGAACAUAGGAGGCGAAGUCGCAGCAGGAGCAGAGAAAGGCAUGGGCGUGAUAGAGACAGGGACUAUCGUCGCCAGAGCAGAAGCAGAAGCAGAAGCAGAAGCAGAAGUCCGAGUUCAAGUCCGGACCACAAAAGUCAUCGUAGAGCAAGAGAUGAUGAUAAGCGCAGGAGCAGGAGCAAGAGUAGGAGCAAAAGCAGAAGCAGAAGCAGGAGUAGAAGCCACUCAUACCAUAGUGCUUCACCUGCUCGGCGCAGUGCUAGCCCUCGCAAUUGCAAAAGCUCACCACCAAGGAGGAGCCCCACUCCUGAAAAGCACACCAAUGGAAAAGAUUUUCCUCCAUCACGCAGUGUUUCUCCAUCACCAAAGCAUGCAGGCUCCCGUAGCCCAGGCAGUGAGAGCAAGGAGUAAAGCUUGUUGAUCUGGUGUUGCCUAAGAACAAUCUCCGUGGGAUUGCAGAUCGUUGAUUGAGCACAAUGGGAGUAGCACCCAACUGCUAUUCAAGGUUGCUAGUACUAUAUGGUUUCUAGAAUUGUGUUUUCCAGUUGUUAAAGUUAUGCUGUUGGUUUGUAUUUCGACGAUAUUGUGUUUUCAUGCCCAUCUACUGCAUCUACUUUAUAUGCAUUAGACUUCUUGAUACCAUCAUAUUAACUUGUUAAAACAUUUGUGCAUUUUCUAGUUAUCUGGUCGUGAGAUGGCUUGCUGUUUACUGGUAGAACGAUAUUGCACCGGACCAACUGGUGGAUGAUGUUCUAGCUGUUAGUCUUUGUCAUUGGUGUCGAUGUUCGUGAUGGUGCAGCUGAUGAUGCGGCGAUGCUGAUGUUGUAUCGAUACCGAUGCAGAUGCUGCUGACUGUGGUAAUCUAGUCUCUUUAAUUUUGCUCAAAAGAUUUCGAGUCAAAUCAUGACACUCCAGAUGGACCUCAUGAUUGGUAACAAUUUUGCUGCAUAAUGUUAGCUCUCAUCUUAGUUCCCCAUUUUUCCCCCUUCGGCAAAUGCUUGCCAGCUGUUCUAGUUGGAACAUGUGUCGAGAUGUGCAGGUGUACUCACAGUGGCAACAAUACACACUGCUAAUAUUCUCUGUACAGGAAGGUGUCGAGUAUGUGUUGUCUUGUUGAUCACAUGGUUGGUGGUGGGCCAAACUAAUAUGCCUUAACUCUUAUCAUGAUGUUUUCAUAUUUUAUAGUAUUUAGUUUUACUCCUAAUUUGUGAACACAAAGCUGUUGUACCAAAUGCUCUGGUUGCAGUUAUCAGAGGUUUCAGAGAGA